GGAGACACAGAAUCUGAAGCAGGAUCCAGGCUCUGAGCUGUCAGCACAUAGCCCGAUGUGGGCUCGAACUCACAAACCGCAAGAUCAUGACCUGAACCAAAGUCGGAAGCUUAACCGACUGAUCCACCCAGGAAUCAUGGCAGACAGUGGAAAUAACAAAAGCCAAGUUCACGAGGAGCUUUGGUUAGAGGAAGAAUUUAUGAAAGAUGAACAAAGAGAGAGAUUAAUUGAUAAAAUUGCAAAGGAGAAUACUCAGUUAAAGGAGGAGAUCCAAAGGCUUGAGGCCGAGUUACAAGAGUCCACCAUAAACUCCCAGAUUAAAGAGGAUAUUCCUGAAACAGAGAUGAAAUUCACAUCUUUAGAGAAUCCUGAGAAUGACAGCCAGUUUUUAAAUGUCUCCUGUUCAUUUCAAGUGAGCUCGCAAGUUCUUUAUGAGCUACAGAAAGGACAAGCCCUUAUCACCUUUGAAAAAGAAGAAGUUGCCCAAAAUGUCAUCAGAAUGGGGAAACAUCAUGUGCAGAUAGAGGAUGUAGAUGUGGAGGUUAUGGCCAAGCCAGUUCCAUUAAAUUCGGGAGUCAGAUUCCAGGUUCAUGUAGAAGUGUCUAAGGUGAAGAUCAAUGUUACUGAAAUUCCUGAUGAAUUGCCUGAAGAUCAGAUGAGAGACAAGCUAGAACUGAGCUUUUCUAAGUCCCGAAACGGAGGUGGAGAAGUGCUAUGCGUGCAGUAUGAUAAGCAGUCCCGGAGUGCUGUGAUUACAUUUUUGGAAACUGGAGGUAUUCACACAUUUGCUGACAAGAUUUUGAAAAAGAAAGAAUAUCCGCUUUGUAUAAAUCAAAACUACUAUAGAGUUAUUGUUUCUCCAUACAUAGAAACAGACUUGAAAAAUUUUCAGGCAUUUUCAGGAAUAUCUAGGAGGACAGUGCUUCUCACUGGAAUGGAAGAUCUUCAGAUGAUGGAUGAAGAAAUUUUAGAGGAUUUAGUUAACAUUUACUUUCAACGGGAGACGAAUGGAGGUGGAGAAGUAGAAGUGGUCAAAUGUUCUCUAGGUCAGGCUUGCAUAGCAUACUUUGAAGAAUAGAGGCAUGGAAUUAGAUGAAUAUUAGAGCUUCUGAGCCCAAAGCACUGUCCAUGUGUGACAAAAAUGAAUAUCCCUUUCCUUUAAAAAAUGAAAACUUGAAUUCUUAAGUGUCCAUUUAUUCUUAGAUACAAAAAUAUAUUUCCAUGUUUUUGAAUUCUUGUUUCAAACUCUGCUGCAUGCUUACAAGUGCAGUAAAUGUACUGUAUUAAAAAGUUUUGUUUGUUCAUAAAUGAUGUGGACAGGUGCCAUGUCCAUUGAAAUCAAUCAUAAGUGAUGCAAUUGUCCCCCUGCUAUGUUGGGUCAUUCUGUCGUGGGCAUGUGGGCCAAUUCUCUUUUGGCCCCAGGUCCACCAACAUGCAGACUUCACUCAACAUUUCCCAAAGAACUGUUAUAUUCAGCUGUUUGUGAUUUCUGUAGACUUUGAAUUCCAAGGAACUUCAAGGGUGAUCAUUUCCCUCUUUCCCAUUGUAUAGCAUUUUACUCCAGAGACCCAAAGAUAUUUUUCAGAGCUGAGUGUGGUCUUUUUAUUUAACAUUUUCUUCUCCCAGAGUGUCAAGGGUCCCCUGAUUCUUUCCAAGACACCUUCGUCAAAUAGAACUUGUAAAGGCCAUAAUUGUCUUUCCUUUACACUUGUAAGGGGAAGAAUAAGCUUAAGGGAAUGACAUCCUUAGAAUAAAGGGAGAGGUAAAUGCAAAGCUAGGGACUCCUCACUUAUGCUGGAUGCAGGGGAGUGCCUGAAGAUGAAAGCACGUGCCUUUGAGUUUGAGAGAGACCCAGUUCCUUAGCAUCCCAUUGUUUUUAAGUUGUAGAAACUAAACAGUAAAAUGCAAGGUUUCUAUUCAGAGAAGGUAAAAUUCUUUUUGGUAAAGAACGUGUGAACAGCUUUUAUCCUAAUAUGGUAUGUUUCAUAAGGAGCCAAUGGCAGAAGUAAGUUUAUAUUAAAAUGUUGGCAGAAAUAAAAAGCUUUAGAAAAAGAUUCUAUGCCUAAACUUAACUCAUGCUGCCUGCCAUCUAAAAUAAAGGAAAGGGGCACCUGGGUGGCUGAGCCAGUUAAGCAUCUGACUCCUGAUUUCAGCUCAGGUCAUCAUCUCAUGGUUUGUGAGUUUGAGCCCUGAAUCGGGCUCCGUGCUGACAGUGUGGAGCCUGCUUGGGAUGCUGUCUCUCUCUUUCUGCCCCUCCUCUGGUCGCACUCUCUCCUUCUCUCUCAAAAUAAAUGGACUUAAAAGAAGAUCUCAUUGCUUUCACAUUUCUUUUUAGAAUGAGAGAUGGUGCCUAAAAACUGGAAAUUUAUAAUAAAUCUUCACUGUUUUAGGGGAAAAAUGUCUCAUAUAUCAGUUGUUCUUUGGGAAUAGCUUAUUUCAAGCUCAAAAUAUUGAGAAAAAUUUGAAGAACCUUAUUUAAUUUUGAUUGGCACAAAAGGUAGGAUUUUUAGCCUGUCGCAGACAGACGAUCAGAAAGAAUGUUUUCCUAAUAUCUAAGGCAAGGUUUGGAAUAGUCACUUUUGUUUCUUUUGGGAGCAUUUUUUCAGCAGCAAAAUAGAUAAUUUCAUUCAAUUCUAAAUAUUCACAAUUUUUUGAUAAAUGUUUUUGAUAAAUGUUACUUACCAUAGAAAAUCAGACUUGGGCUCCUUUCACCAGUUACACCCUUGUGUGAUCUGCCCAGAUCUCAAAAAUCAGCCAUUGGCUCUCCUGUCUAUUUUUAGAGUUUUAGAGAUUUUACAGGAAGAAAGUUUCCUUUGAGAAUUUGCCAAAAGAUAUCGACUCUUGCGUAUUAAGUUAGGAAGCCUUAGAUUGUCUAGGAAGAGACAGCUCUACUUAAUGUAUGAAAAGACACUGUCAGCAUAUAAGUCAGGAAAGAUAAUUAUGUGAAAUCAUGAAUCCUUCUUACCCUUUGUAGAUUUAUCAGUCAGGAUAGCUUAGGUUAUGUUGUAUUAACAACCUCCCAAAUCUCUGAGGCCUAAUGAAACAAAAGUUUAAUUCUCAUUCAUGUUGAAAGUUCAACAGAGGUUGGUAGGGGGAGUCUUUUUGUCCUAAUCACUUAAGGCCCUAUCUCAAGACACGCUUCCCAAAUCAUGGAGGUGGAGAAAAAUGAAGUCUGCAGAGUCUUGCACCAGCAAUUAAAUGCGGUAAUUUAGAAGUGCUGAUGUCAUUUUGUCUCACAUCUCAUUGGCCAGAAAUAGUCAUACGACCUCACUGAAACAGAAUGGAACUAGAAAAUUAUAACUUGUAAAAAUGAGGAGAACCAGAUAUAGUUGAGCCAAAAUAUCAAUGAAUGUAGUUUUUCCUGUCCUAGUGAUCAUCAAUAUUUGUUGUUUUGUUUGUUUGCUUAUAGUUUUUUCAAUGUUUAUUUCUGAGAGAGACAGACAGACAGACAGAGACAGAGACAUUGCACGAACAGGGGAGGGGCUGAGAGAUAGGGAGACACAGAAUCCGAAGUAGGCUUCAGGCUCUGAGCGGUCAGCACAGAGCCCAACACGGGUCUCGAACUUGCGAACUGCACGAUCAUGACCUGAGCUGAAGUCGGAUGCCCAACGAACUGAGCCACUCAGGCGCCCCUGAUCAUCAAUAUUUGGAUCACUCUUCUUCAUACACAAAGUGCACUCACACCAAAAAGUUGCCCUAAGUCAUAGCAUCAAACUCAAAAGUGCAUGAACUCUAGGCGGUGUGUGGUAGUUUUUAUAACAAGUCUGAAUGUUACUCCUCUUUAUCCAGAGACCCUCCCCCCCCCCCCCCCCCCCCAGUAUUCAGUAGUGGAACUGGAACAAGAUAACUGCAAUAAACUCUCUCAUUUGGAGAAAGAGAUCAAUAGGAGACAUAUAGUGGCCUCUAGGCCAAAGCCAUUCUGCCAUCUCCCUGAGUAGAUAUAUACUCCAUACACCCUGGGUGUGGAAUUUUGAUUAGGCCAUGAUUCCACUCUGGAAGUUCUUCUCUUGCUCAUUGUCCUCAUAGUUGCUGGACAUUCUUCUUUUUCCAUUAUCCUCCUUUACCAUAUAUAGAAUAUAUCCUUCUUGGAAGCUGAAAAGCUUGCUUACUGUUUACACUGUGAUUAAUGUGAUCAAUGUUUGGGACCAACGUUUUUAAAGUUUUGAACCAUUAUAGUCUCUUUACUCUGGCUGGUGGCUAGUUGGCUGGUACAGUUCAAAAACUUGGUAGGCUUCUUAUCUACUUUUUGGGUGAGCUUACCUGUGCUAACAGCCACACUGGCAGCUUUUUCUAGACUUCUUACAGUUGCUGUAAUUCUCCACUUUCUUCCCUGUUCUUUUCUCUCCCUAUCUUUACUUAAUUGUAGGUAUCAGGCCACUUUUAGUUUCUUUUCCCUUAGCUAGUUUGUCUAGUUGAAAGGGUUAUUGAAUUCAGAACAUUAAUUGUUUCUUGUUGCUGUUGUUGUUGUUCUGAGGGACCUUAAUCUGUUCAGAGUUCCAAAGCUUGAUUUGAUCAUUGAUUUGAGCCUCCCAAUAAAGCAGAGUUAUAAUCA